UCCCCUUACCCGGGCAGCUCGGCUGUCGCGCCCUGGGCCGGGGGAGGGGAGGCGGCAGGAAGCAGCGGAUCCGGCGGUGGCGGAGGCGGUGGCCCGGGUCGCCCAGCUCCUCCGGCCAUGGAGAGCGCAGCGGCCCGCGAGGCCCGAGGGGCCGAGGCCCCGCGCCAGCCCGCGCCCUCGCCCGCACCCUCCGAGCCCCCCGCCGCGCCCCGCGCCCGCCCGCGCCUCGUCUUCCGCACGCAGCUGGCUCACGGCAGCCCCACGGGCAAGAUCGAGGGUUUCACCAACGUCCGAGAGCUCUACGCCAAGAUCGCCGAGGCCUUCGGGAUCGCGCCCACCGAGAUCUUAUUCUGCACCCUCAACAGCCACAAGGUGGACAUGCAGAAGCUCCUGGGCGGCCAGAUCGGCCUGGAGGACUUCAUCUUCGCGCAUGUGCGCGGCGAGACCAAGGAGGUGGAGGUCACGAAGACGGAGGAUGCCCUGGGGCUGACCAUCACGGACAACGGGGCCGGCUACGCCUUCAUCAAGAGGAUCAAGGAGGGCAGCAUCAUCAACAGGAUCGAAGCCGUGUGUGUGGGCGACAGUAUCGAGGCCAUCAACGACCACUCCAUCGUCGGCUGCCGCCACUACGAGGUCGCCAAGAUGCUCCGUGAGCUGCCCAAGGCCCAGCCCUUCACCCUGCGCCUGGUGCAGCCCAAGAGGGCCUUCGACAUGAUCAGCCAGAGGAGCCGGAGCAGCAAAUGCCCCGUGGAAGCAAAAGUGACCAGCGGGCGGGAGACCCUGCGGCUUCGUUCUGGGGGGGCUGCCACAGUAGAGGAAGUGCCCAGUGAAUUUGAGGAGGAGGCCUCUCGGAAGGUGGAUGACCUACUGGAGAGUUACAUGGGCAUUCGGGACCCAGAGCUGGCGUCCACCAUGGUGGAGACAUCCAAGAAGACGGUGAGCGUUCAGGAGUUUGCACGCCGUUUAGACUCCGUCUUGGGCGAGUUCGCCUUCCCGGACGAGUUCGUGGUGGAGGUGUGGGCCGCCAUCGGGGAGGCCAGGGAGGCUUGUGGCUAAUUUGCCCUGGGGCUGAGCGCAGCCCCAGUCCGGAGCCCAGCCCCCUGCCCCAGCCCUGCAGGCUGGUUCCUGAAGCCCAGCCCUGCUCCAGAGCCCAGCCCAGACCUGAGACCCAGUCCCCCUCUAGAGCCCAGGUCAUCUCU